AUGUCUCUCAACCUUGAGAAGCAGCUCUGCUUCUACGGAGCAUAUCACCACAAUCCCACCAACAUUGGAAUACAUAUGAUAUGUGUCCCUCUGAUCCUAGCGACUUCGUUACUACUGGCAACGAACAGUCCGACCAUCAUCCCUCUCCCAACAUGGCUUACAAUUCCCAACCUGCCCCUAAACAUCGGUACAAUAGGAGCCAUUCUUUACGGCGGAUUUUACAUCCUCCUCGAGCCAGUCGCAGGUAGUAUACUCCUACCCAUCAUCAUUGGAUGGACUGCAUUUGCGAACCACCUCACAGCCUCCGCAUCGAGCACUCUCGCCAAUCAAGCUAGCAUUGGCGUCUUUAUCGUAUCCUGGAUCGCACAAUUUGUUGGACAUGGAGUAUAUGAGGGCCGGGCCCCUGCCCUGCUGGACAACUUGGUACAGGCAUUGGUUCUUGCUCCAUUCUUUGUCUUCAUGGAAGGACUAUUCAAGUUCGGCUACAGACCAGAGUUGCAGAAGCGAGUCGGCGACGCUGUGGAGAAGGAGAUCGAGAAGUUCAAGACCGAGAAGGCACAGAAUGGAAACGGCAAUGCCAAGAAUGGAAAGGCGAACUAG